AUUGAACGGAUUCAUUGUUGGUAUCGGAGGUCCAAAUGCUUAGGAGGGGUGUUCUGGUAAUUUCGAAAUUCCUCCCGCGGGUUCCCCACGUCCAAUACAAAAACAAUGUUGAACAAAAUUUUACAACGACUUGUAUCACAAGGACAACUCGAGGAAGAAAGAACAAAAAAGAAUGGCCUAUAUCGGUCAACGAAUCGGCGAUAGAAUGCUGCCCGGCGCCGUUGUUCCUGGUUGGACACGUUUAGUAGCAGUAUUUGCCUUCAUCUUCGUCUUCCUCACAGUUUUCGCCGAUUCCGUCACGAAUGAUUCCCAGCUAAAAUGUAGCAGAACCUGCAUAGCUGAAAACUGUAAUUCGGUUGGGAUCCGAUACGGGAAAUAUUGUGGGGUAGGGUGGUCUGGUUGUCCUGGAGAAAAACCGUGCGACGAUCUGGACGCUUGUUGCAAGAUCCACGACGAGUGCGUCGAGAAAAAAGGUUUGAUUAACGUAAAAUGCCAUGAAAAGUUUAAGAGUUGCAUAAAGAAAGUACAAAAAUCUGGCAAGGUUGGAUUUUCUCGUAAUUGUCCCAUCGAGACGGCUGUGCCUACCAUGAUGCACGGUAUGGAUAUGGCCAUCCUGCUGAGCCGGUUAGGCGGCACCAAGCUUGAUGAACUUUGAUUUCUCAACUUCAAAAUUUAACUUGAUUGGACUUCUCAUUAACUGUAGAUUUAUUCCAUUUGAUGGGCUAUGAUUUUUUUUCUGAAGAAUUUUAUCUUCUGGAGCUUUUGAUGAACUUUUAUCACACUUCGAUGCCUUUAAUAUUCGUUAUGUAUUUUUAGCGACGAAUUAGUUUCUGGUUCUUUCUUUUUGUCAAAACAGUAUCAAACUGAUCCUCAUCCAAUGGGAUGAAGUAUUGGAGAUUUAUUUUUAAAUCAGGCCACUAGUUGGUGGUAGGAUUUUUUUGUUAGCCCAAUUAGAUUGUGGGGGCGGGGGAGCUUACACGUUACACCUGAACUGGUUAUUUUGAAUAGGCUAAAAUAACU